AGAUAUGAUAUCAUGCAACCAACCGGUGCAUAUAAAAAUUAUGUCUGUCCUCACGAGGCUUCGACCGAGUUUGGUCCAAUCCGCUCGCGCUGGAUUGCGGUUCAUGUCAGCUGCACCACAAACAGGCUUACCGCUGAAAGAAGGCGAGCCUGCGCCUCUUCCUUCCAAAGACAAACCUCUUUCGCCGAAAGUAUCUGCUCUAGUAGAUGAGAUUGUCAAUUUGAGCCUCCUUGAUGUGGCAGACCUCAACAAAGCUUUGAAAAAGCGGCUCAAUAUAGCUGAUCAACCUAUGAUGCCAGCUGGGAUGAUGAUGGCUGCUCAAGCACCGAAGCCGGCCCAAACAGACGCUCCGAAGGAAGAAGAACAUGAUGUGAAACAGAAGAUGACAUUCAGCGUGAAGUUGACUAAGUUCGACGAUGCCAAGAAAAUUGCCCUCAUCAAGGAAAUUCGAACUCUCGUUCAAGGCCUUAAUCUCGUUCAGGCUAAGAAGUUUGUUGAGACCGCUCCUGUUGUAGUCAAAGAGGAUAUGGGUAAAGCCGAAGCGGAAGAGAUGAAAAAAGCACUUGAAAAAGUUGGAGCCACCGUUGAAAUUGUUUAGAUCUUAUCAAAUCCGUUAUAUAUUGUUGUUGUUUCGUAGUCAGAGUUAGGAAUUGUUUAGGGUAUGUCUGUUUUCAAAAAGUUCUCACUGUACUCGUUUAAUAGCGCCUCUCGCCUCCUUUGAAUAUUUUAGGAAAUAUAACGAUUAUUUGGAUGUACAAAGCUGCUGCUCUUGUUU